GCAUCAUCAAGCCAAUCAGAGCGCGAGUUGCGCGCGAGUGUGUUGUGUUGUGAUACAUGUGCGCGACGGAAGCGAAUCACAUGAGUUGAUCCUCAUUUUCAACAUUUGACUGGCUAUCAACAAGGACCAUGGUCUCCACCGACCAAGACCGAGAGUCACUGCAGAGUCAGAAACACUACUUGUGUGGUUCUGUCGCAGCGUUCGCCAACAUUGUCAUCACAUUUCCCAUACACAAGGCACUGUUCCGCCAGCAGUUGUUCGGAGUGCAGACGAGGGAAGCUGUGCGCCAGCUCCAGAGGGACGGUUUGCGCACACUGUACCGCGGCAUCCUGCCACCUUUACUGCAGAAAAGCAGCACUAUAGCAAUUAUGUUUGGCCUCUAUGAGGACUUCUCCAGGAUGUUGCGGCUACACGCUCCUCAAGCCCCCGUCCUGUUAACGGACAGCAUCGCAGCAGUUUUAGCGGGAACAGCUGAAGCAGUCUUAACGCCUUUCGAGAGGGUCCAAACUCUACUGCAGGACCCACGUCAGCAUGGAAACUUUCAAAACACUGAGCAUAUUUUUCGUGUUUUGCUUCAACAACACGGCAUCCGAGAGCUUUACCGUGGCCUUGUUCCAAUCCUACUCAGAAAUGGCCCUAGCAAUGUGUUUUUCUUUGGCUUGCGUGGACCGAUGAAGGAACUGCUCCCCGAGGCCGAGACAAAGGCAGGGCACUUGGUUAAUGACUUUGUAUGUGGAGCGAUUCUUGGAGCGGGUCUCGGGGUGGUGUUUUACCCUCUGAAUGUAGUUAAGUCUCAUGCACAAGUACAGAUUGGAGGGGAGUUUCAGUCCUGCAGGGUGAUACUGGCAAACAUUUUGAGAGAGAGGGACGGGAAGGUGAGCCGUCUGUUUCGGGGCGUGCAUUUGAACUUCCAGAGAUCUGUUUUCUCAUGGGGGAUCAUAAAUGCUACAUAUGAGCUUUUACUGAAAAUGCUCUGAUUGAGAUGAGAUGGAAAAAAGGGGGAAUUCAAAUGAAAAGCAUCAACGAUUAAGAGAAAAGAGUAGAAUAAGUCUUCCUCAUUCUAUUUCUGCUGCUAAAAACACAGAAUUAAAAACAGCACAUGUUUACUUCAAGUGCUAUGUUCACUCAAAAGAUGAAAAUUCUGUUUUCAUUUCUUCAUCGUCAAGGCUAAUUGAAAACACAAAGAAAGGGAAAUGUUUGAUUUGAUCGUUUUAGCAAUAUAUUAUUUUCUUUUUGAAAAAGUAUUUAUAAUUAAAGAAAAAGUAUUUAAAUAAUUAAUAUGGGAUGCAUAACCUUCCAAAAGUUUGGAGUAAUGCAAUAGUCAAAUUUUAUUACAGUUUAUUUACAAAAAUGUAAUUCAUUCUUGUGGUAUCAAAGGUGAAUUUAGUGUCACAUGAUCAUUCAGAAAUCAUUUCAAUAUGCAGAUUUGCAGCUCAAGAAACAUUUCUGAUUAUUAUCAAUGUUGAAAACAGUUGUGUUGCUUAAUAUUUAUGUGGAAACUGUGAUCGAGGAUUCUUUGAUGAAUUUAAAGUUAAAAAGAAUAGCAUUUAUUUGAAAUAGAAAGACGAUAUAACAUUAUACAAGUCUUUAUUGUCAUGUUUGAUAAAUUUAAAUGGAUCCUUGCUAAAUAAAAAUAUUAAUUUCUUUAAAAAUCUGACUAACCCCAAAAUUUCAAAUGGCAUCAUAUGUAAUUCAAAAGAAAUUUAACGUGUAUUUAGCUUUGAUUUGAAAGAAAACAGCGCAUCCUUGUGGUGUGGCUGAUACAGAAGAGCAUACGGUGAUAUGGAGAGAGACAGGAGACUGUUGACAAAGG